GCAAAUUUAGCGUCGCUGACAUAACGACAUUUCCGGGUGCGCCGAUGGCCGGCCUUUGAGGCCUGCGGGGUCCGGGGAAGGGAGUCGUUUUCGCUGAGGCACCCUGUACCGACCAUGGACCGGAGGAAGAAGCCUUUGGACGUUACAGCCUCUUCGUUGGUAGACCUUAAGGCUGAGCUCUUCAGAAAACAAGAAGAAUUCAAGCAAGAAAAACUUCUAAAAGAUUCUGGAGUUUUGGGAAAACCAAAAACAACUAAUAAGAAACCAAGUAUCUGGAGCAAACAGAAUGCAGGAGUUUCCAAUCGAGCUGAGAAGGAUACUGAACAGAAGAUUGAGGAGCAGAAGACUUUAGACAAGGCGAGGGAGAAAUUGGAAGAAAAAGCCAAAUUAUAUGAAAAAAUGACUAAAGGAGACUUUAUAGAUGAAGAAGUGGAAGAUAUGUACCUUGUGGAUUUCACACAGAAGAUUAUAGACAAACACAAAGAAAUGGAGGUGUUUGGUGUGCACAAAGAUGCUGCAAAGUCAGGAGAAAGAGACGAUGAUGAAGAAAAUCUGUCUGAGAAAGAUAUACCUCCUCCUCAGGACCCCAGUGAGGAAUGGGUGGAUUAUGUGGAUUCUUUAGGGCGAUCCCGACGCUGUAUGAAAAAGGAUUUGCCAGAUCUGCUGGAAAUGGAUAAAAAUCUUCAGGGGAGACUUUUUGUUAGCCCUGCUAAUGAGAAAACCUUACUGUCUGAAGAUAUGAGGAAAGAACUUCAGCGCCAGCAGUGGGAGGAGGAAGAGCGAGAGGCCCUAAAAAGGCCAAUGGGGCCCAUACAUUACGAAGACAUUCGUGAAAAUGAGGCCCGGCAACUUGGUGUUGGAUACUUUGCCUUUGCCCGAGAUAAAGAACUGAGAAACAAGCAAAUGAAAACGUUAGAGAUGCUGCGUGAACAGACAACAGAUCAGAGAACAAAACGAGAAAACAUAAAAGAAAAACGAAAGGCUAUGUUAGAAGCAAGACUUGCUAAACUCCGACAAAAAAAGAUGAAAAAAUCAAAAGAAGAUGGCACAGAGGAAGAAAAUGGAGAAAUAGAUGGAGGUGUUAUUGGGCCUUUGCCUGCAGCACCAGAGGCCGAGCCGACUCUGCAUGCUGCUACCCAGAGUAGCAAAGUAGAAGUCAUCGUUCAGGAGAGGAAGGAUACCAGGCCUGGGGUGCCACACAUCCGAGAGUGGGACCGAGGAAAAGAAUUUUCCUUCGGAUAUUGGUCGAAGAGGCAGUCAGAUCUCCGGGCUGAGAGAGAUCCUGAAUUUGCCCCACCAUCGGAUUACUUUGUGGGUCCAAAGAGAACUGGUUCUAUCAGUAGCCAGCCGUGGAGCAGACCUGCACCUGCACAGAAUGCCCCAGGGCAGGGCUCCGGCCAGGAGGCUGGCUCUUCACAGGCAUCAGCCGCUCCUGCCCCCAGCAGCCCACCACAAGCCCCUCCGGUCACUUUCGAAACUCUGGAUGAUAUGAUAUCAUAUUAUAAACAAGUGACAUGAA